AUGAGUGCAUCGCCAGUAAGAAAAGACGUACUUGAACAAGCCGAGGAUGUCAGAAUCCUUGGGCUUGAUCCUUUGGUCUCACCAGCUUUGCUACAGUCUCAGAUUCCAGCCACCAAUGCGUGUCUGGAAACCGUUCAAAAAGGUAGAAGAGAAGCCAGCCAAAUUAUUACUGGUAAAGACGACAGAGUUUUGGUUAUUGUGGGUCCUUGCUCCAUCCACGACCUAGACUUGGCUCAGGAAUACGCCAGACGUCUAAAGAAGCUAUCUGAUGAGCUAGAGGGUGAAAUUUGCGUCAUUAUGAGAGCCUACCUCGAGAAGCCAAGAACUACCGUUGGCUGGAAAGGUUUGAUCAACGACCCGGACGUCGACAACACCUUCAACAUUAAUAAGGGUCUGCAAUACGCCAGACAGUUGUUUGUAAACCUCACCAGCGAGGGUUUGCCAAUCGGGUCCGAGAUGCUGGACACCAUAUCUCCUCAGUAUUUGGCUGAUCUAUUGUCGUUCGGUGCUAUUGGUGCUAGAACCACCGAAUCCCAGCUGCACAGAGAGUUGGCCUCGGGGUUGUCUUUCCCAGUUGGAUUCAAGAACGGCACUGACGGUACCUUGGGAGUCGCUGUCGAUGCCAUGUUGGCCGCCUCGCACUCGCACCACUUCAUGGGUGUUACCAAGCACGGGUUUGCCGCAAUCAUUACCACCAAAGGUAACGAGCACUGUUUCGUGAUCUUGAGAGGAGGUACCAAGGGUACAAACUACGACGCUAAAGCCGUGGCUGAGGCUAAGGCUCAAUUGCCUGCGGGCGCCUCUUUGAUGGUUGACUGUUCCCACGGAAACUCCAGCAAGGACUACAGAAACCAGCCUAAGGUAAACGAUGCUGUUUGUGAACAAAUUGCCAACGGCGAAGACAAGAUUAUUGGUGUUAUGAUCGAAUCCCACAUCAACGAGGGUAAACAAUCGAUUCCUGCCGAAGGUAAAGCCGGCCUCAAAUAUGGUGUCUCCAUCACCGAUGGCUGCAUAGGCUGGGAAACUACCGAAGAAGUUUUGCGCAAAUUGGCCAACGCCGUAAAGCAAAGAAGAGAGGUUAAAAAGUCCUCGGCUUAA